AUGUGUCAUUCCAUUAUCUAUUAUUAUGCCCUAUGCCGACACCUAGACCAGGAUUCAACCCACCAAAUCGCGUGCCACAAUGCUUUUAGAACAGGCUAUGAGUGCACCGAAGAGCCGCAAAGCACAUCCUUCAUCUCCCUUAUAGGGAAUUGUCUGCAAUGCAAGCUGAAUCAUCUAAUGCUACGCCAGUCUACCUAUCGCGAAUGGCGGAGAGAAGAUCUUCUGGACGCAUUAAACGAUGCAUUCCAGUAUAGCGAAGACGAUGGCUGGACUACGGAUGACAGCGACGCCGAGGAACUUGAUAUGGAGACGUUGUUCUCCCAAUCUCCUGCCUUGGCUCGUAGAAACCCCACUGAUCGAGAUGAGAACCGGGAGACCCAUAUGUCCUUCCACAGCGGUCCGGCACGCACGCCAACCAUAGUGGAACAGUCCUCGCCUCACUUAUCUUCUGUCGCUUUGGUUGAACAUGUUGACGAUUACUCAGAUGAUGAGGAGUACGUCUACGAGGAUUCUUUGUCAGCACCUCAGCCUCGGGCGCGCCGGAGCUGGCGCUCUUGGAUUCCUAUUCCUACUAGGUUUGUGCGCAACCAGCAGAAUCCUUCAUAUAUGGCAUUUGUCACUGAUGACCAUAUGGUGGACACAGAGGCUUUACUCGGUGCUUCUAAGCCGAAGGAUCAUCGGACUUGGCGCUCCUGGAUUCCACUUCCGACUAAGAAGGUGUCGGGGCAAUAG